AACCCUUGUAUCGCCUCUCGCUGAAACCCACAUUCGCAACCCUAGAAAGCCUUCGAGGAGAGAGAGAGAGAGAGGCAGAGGUCGAUACGAAGAGAGCUGUUCUUUUGCUGCUGUGAAAGGUUUCUCCGGAGAGAAAUCGAAGAACACUUUUCGCAGUAGCGUUCAAUUCUCUCUCUGUUCGACUAAUUCAAAAAAAAAAUGGCUCGCUCUUUCUCGAACGCUAAGCUUCUCUCUGCCUUCGUCGUUGAUAGACUCUCUGUCGUUGCAACCAGGCGUGGAUACGCAGCAGCUUCUGCAUCCCAAGGCGUGGAGUCUUCCGGUAGUAGUGUGAGAGGAGGGAUAGGAAGGAGCCAAAUGAUGAUGAAGAAAGGAGAAGAGCCGGCAAAGUCACAGUCAUGGAUUCCGGAUCCGGUGACGGGGUACUACAGGCCGGAGAAUAAGGCGAACGAGGUCGACGUUGCCGAGUUGCGGGAGAUGCUCCUGACUCGCAAGAUCAACAACAGAUCGUGAAUCAAAAACAUACAUAGCUGUGAUGAUGAUGAUGGGGUUGAUUUGUUAACCGCAACAGAGUUUGAGCUCUGUGAUGUUGGAGAAUAUUGUUGGCGUAGGCUCCUUCAGGGGAAUGCUUUGUUACCUUUGUUACUUGUUUUCUGAAAUUAGAAUAUAUCCUUUCAUUAUUGAUUAAUUAAAUAUGUCUUUUAUUUUGUUGCA